UUUUAUUCUAUGCAUAUUCUAUUUAACACUUCUUUUUCUUCUUCAUCAUCGUCAUUGCAGUUUCCAAACCCAUUUUCACGCACUCUUUUUCUCUCUCUCUCCCUUUCAAGGUUCAAUUCAACCAUUGUGGGAGUGCGAAACCCUCGAGAAUCCAUCAAGUUGAAGCCUUUCUCAAGUUCCGAUCGCGUUCAACAAAUUUUCGUUCAUCCGGGUUGUCGUGAUUGUUCGCUGUUGCUGAUUUAGGGUUGCGGUUGAAAAAGCCCCAAUUUGAAUUUCUGUAUUAUUGAUUCGUAUUCGCUUUGUCUAUGGCUUUGUAAUUUUGCAUCUUUUGUUUUUCAUGUUUUUGUGGUCAAAGUUCAUAGAUUUGAAUGUUUUCAUUCCAAAUACUGUAAAAUCAAAAACAAUUAUCAUCAUCACAUUGUUAUAGUUUGUAUUUGCUUUUUUUCCUUUUUGUGUUUCGUUUUGUUUGAGUUGAUUUAUUGGAAAAAAAUUGAAAAAAAGUUGAAAAAAAAAUCAGUAAUUGAUAAUUCUCAUUGCAAGACUAUCAUUGAAAGAAAAGAAAUCAUAGUGUAAUUAGAAAAAAAAAAUUGUAUCAAUUUGUUGAUGGGGAUACCUGGAACGAGCAAUCAGAAUAAUGGACAACAAUGGUUAGGCAUAACUGAGCCGAUUUCGUUGGCUGGACCAACUGAGGAAGAUGUGACUAAGACUCAUGAACUUGAAAAGUACUUGCAAGGUGUUGGAUUGUAUGAGAGUCAGCAGGAGGCGGUGGGUAGAGAGGAAGUGCUUGGCAGGCUUGAUCAGAUUGUGAAGAUUUGGGUGAAGACCAUUAGCCGGGCAAAGGGAUUCAAUGAACAACUGGUGCACGAAGCAAAUGCUAAGAUUUUCACUUUUGGCUCCUAUCGGCUAGGGGUGCAUGGCCCUGGAGCUGAUAUAGAUACCCUUUGUGUGGGGCCAAGACAUGCAACCAGAGAAGAAGAUUUCUUUGGCGAGCUACAGAAGAUGCUAUCUGAGAUGGAUGAAGUAACUGAAUUGCACCCUGUGCCUGAUGCUCAUGUCCCUGUGAUGAAAUUCAAGUUCAAUGGAGUUUCUGUAGAUCUCCUGUAUGCAAGAUUGGCAUUGUGGGUUAUUCCUGAAGACUUAGAUGUAUCACAGGAAUCAAUAUUACAAAAUGUAGAUGAACAAACUGUUCUCAGUCUCAAUGGAUGCAGAGUGACUGAUCAAGUCCUGCGUUUAGUUCCAAAUAUUCAGAGUUUUCGCACAACAUUGAGAUUCAUGAGGUUUUGGGCAAAGCGCCGUGGUGUCUAUUCCAAUGUUGCUGGUUUUCUUGGUGGUAUAAAUCUGGCUUUGCUUGUUGGUCGAAUAUGCCAGCUUUAUCCUAAUGCGCUGCCUAAUAUGCUGGUGUCUCGAUUCUUUAGAGUAUACACUCAGUGGCGAUGGCCAAAUCCAGUCAUGCUUUGUGCUAUCGAAGAAGGAUCUCUUGGACUAUCGGUUUGGGAUCCUAGAAGAAAUCCCAAAGAUAGAUAUCAUCUAAUGCCUAUAAUUACUCCUGCUUAUCCUUGCAUGAACUCUACUUAUAAUGUGACAACAAGUACACUGCGUAUUAUGUCCGAGGAGUUUAAGAGGGGAAGUGAAAUAUGCGAGGCUAUGGAGGCUAGCAAGGAUGAUUGGGACACUCUUUUUGAGCCUUAUCCCUUUUUUGAAGCUUACAAGAAUUACUUACAAAUAGACAUUACAGCAGAGAAUCCCGACGAUCUUAGACAAUGGAAAGGAUGGGUUGAAUCUCGUCUCCGUCAGUUGACACUGAAGAUUGAAAGGUACACUUAUGGCAUGCUUCAGUGUCACCCAUAUCCUGGCGAAUUUUCAGAUAAAUCUAGAUCCUUCCACCACUGUUACUUUAUGGGUCUGCAGCGUAAACAAGGAGUUCCGGUAAACGAAGGCGAACAAUUUGAUAUUAGGCUAACUGUAGAUGAGUUCAAGCAUUCUGUUAACGCGUACACUCUAUGGAAACCGGGAAUGGAUAUCCACGUCUCCCAUGUGAAACGCCGUAACAUACCAAACUUCAUAUUUCCUGGUGGUGUUCGGCCUUCUUACUCUUCUAAAGUAACUGGAGAGAAUAAACAUAGUUCGAGAUCAAGGGUUAGUGGCCAAAGUCAAGCUGAAAAGUCUCAAGGAGGUAAAACAGCUGCAGUUGGAGCCGAUGAUGAAAGGAAGAGAAAGCGAUUGGAGGAUAGUAACUCAAGGGUUUCAAAGUCCUUUGUAUCUUCAUCUCCUCCAAACAAGGAAGGUCAUGAAGAUGUAACUCCUAUUAGUGCUACUAGUUCUUGUUCUAUGAAAUUGGAUGACUCUGAAGUCAACAGUAUGGGUGUGCAUAAGAGUGAGAUACCUUGUCUAAAAGCGGUUGAUAUAGUUCCUUCAGGGGAUAGCAAAACCAGUGGAUCAGUGAUGGAAAACCAGCAAGUUACUGCUCCCGAUGCAUCAAACAACAAAGAAGAAGAACGCCUAGCUAUCGAGCAGAUUAUGUCCGGUCCGUAUGACGCGCAUCAAGCUUUGACCGAAGAACCUGAAGAGCUUGAAGAAGAUUCGAGGUAUAAAAAUCAAGUGAAAGAUAAUGGUGGAAGUGUGAAAACCAACAACUCUGACUCUUCAAACUCAAAUGUUCCGGUGGUGGAAGAGCUAGUUAUUCCUAAGGAAGCUGUUUGUUCCACUCAUUCAUUCUCUAAUGGAGGCUUGGAAGAGCUUGAGCCUGCUGAGCUGACAGCGCCUUUGUUAUGUCGGAUUCCUGCUCCUGUACCACAGAGGAAGCCUCUUAUCAGGUUGAACUUCACUUCAUUAGGGAAAGCAGUGGAUAAAAGUUCUUAGAAACUUGAAAGGUUAAGCUGCUGCAUCUUGAAGAUGUAUUGUAAAAUAUUUGGUUGGUUAUUUAUGUAAGAUUUUGGUGAAGGAAAUAAUAAUCCUGAGCUAAACUAAAGGCAUCAAAGUUUUAUUGUGUAAAUGAGAAUAUGUUGCAACGGCAAAAUAAAAAUAGAUUAUCAUGACUUAUUUGAA